AUGAAGUUCAGCGCCACUAUCCUUCUUCUCAUCCCCCUGGCCAUCGCAGGCCCCGCAUCACAGUCCGCCCAAGGGCUCCCAGACCUUGCCACCGCUGGUGAAGGUGGCUUUGAGUUUAAAUCCCACGGCGAAGGGCUUGAGCUUGCCGCCAAAGUCUGUCCUGCCAAGUUCCCCAGGAAGUGCUCUAUUGGCAACUUCUGUUGUCGCACCAAGAAGUGCUGCAAGAAGGAGUGUUGCAAGAACACUGCAAAGUACUGCAGCAAUGGUCGAUGCUAUAGAUAA